AUGGAUGAAUUACAAACAGCUAUGAACGAUGGUCUCAAGCGUGUGAGAAUCGUGCAGAAACAAGGUGCUUCGAUAACAACUUCUAUAGACGUAACAAAUGCAAAAGCACCGAAAGAUCUCAAUCAAGUUCAAAUCGAUACAGCUGCAGCAGCGGCCUCUAGUAUUGUAAAUACUGGAGUUACCUCCAGUUUCAAAAAGGUAUCCGCCAUGGAAAUUAAUACUCCAGCAACUAAAGGCACUUUGACAACGACUGCUACAGACAAAACCAAAGCAAAAGACGAGAUACACUCGAGUGAAAUUCAAAUCGAUGCAGCUGCGCCUGCCGUUUCCCAUACUGUAAACACUGGAGUUAACUUCAUCGCCGAAAAGAUAGCCGCCUUUGAAACUAAUGGUCCAGCAUCUAAAGAAACAAGCCCAAGAAGACUGCCAGGUUUUCUAAAUAUCGGUAAAAAUAAAAAGAAAUAUCUACGACCAGAGAUAUCAGCACCAAUUCAAUCGACAAUGGUUCAUGUAACUCAUAUUGGUGAGAAAGAUAUGUAUUUUAACAAUGAUUCAGCAAAAGAACAGUACUUAAAAACAAUGACUUCUCUGCAUACACCAGAAGAAAAUGAAUUACAUAUUUUGGAAACAGAAAAUCAUGAAGUAGUUCCUACAAUUUCAUCAAGAUCAGAUAAACGCGCAUCUGAUAAUAAAAAUCAGACCGUACAAACUUCACUGAGUUCAACAUCAACACGUCGACCUCCGCCACCGCCACUGAUUAAAGAAGACUUGUAA